CGGUGCUGGACACUGAGCUCUGGAGGAAUAUUUUCGGGACUUCUACAGCACUAGGAGCCCGCCAGUAGUUGUAACUGGAAGCUUUCUGGCAAAGGCCCAGAAGACUGGCUAAGGCCAAGGACUGUGCUGUAACCGCCAAGCUUGCCUCUGGAUCAGUACCCAUUUACCCAGGCCCUGUCACAGAGUGUUCAGGCUGGCAGGGCCCUUUGAGGCCACUGGACCCACACCCUGCACCUUCCUCUCACACGUGAGGGAACUGAGGCCCCUGGGCCAGGGAUGGUUCUUCAGCAGCUUAAUGGCCAGGCAGAACCCUGCCUCCCAGCCCCCCUCCCACUAGCAUGCUGGCUCCUGGUGCUGAGUUCUGAAAUUUGGAAUCUGAGGUGGAAGCCCUGAAAUGCUGCCCACACACCUUUACCGGACCACUUACUGCUGAGGCUGGAGAGGAGACUCAGGCACUUUUGCAAAUGAACUGACCCAUAAAGCAAAGGGCAUGGAAAGAAGAUUUGAGGCUCACUCCACAGGCAACUGGACCUGCUCCAUCCAGAACCUCCUUUUUUCCUAACCCAGGUGGUAUGCUUAAUGGCAGGCACCCCAUGUCAGGUCCACUUGGCAAAUCUCUUUGGGGUUUGAGCCGAAGUGAUGUGUGAGUCCCUCACUCUCCCCUUCUUGUUGGGAACCGGCUUUGACAAAGGCCUGUCUAUCCAGCCCUCUGUGCCUGACAACUUUCUGUGGUUCGGGGUGCUAAUGAGCUUCCCUCCUUUCUCCCCUCUGGCUUUGCUACUGCCUGGGGAAUUUGCACAAAUGGUGUGUGAUUUGGCCCUUUUGUGUUUUCCUUUCUGACUUGGAGGUAAAGAAAAUCCCUCACCCCCCACUGACUCUCUGUUUAUUCAACUGGGAGAACUUUCACACCCAGGGACCCAGCUCCCCCUCCCUGAGCUCCCAUUCUAAAUCUUCAUCCCUCCUCCCAGGUCCCCCAGCCCUGCACUGCCCUGAAUAAUUUAUGAGUCUAAGAAGGCCUUAUAAAAGGGUCUCCAAGGAAAGGCCAGAAGAAUGCAAGAGGUUCUGAGAAAUAGGAGCCCCUACAGCCUGCCUGGCUUCCAAUCCCCUAAGGAUGGACUCUUCUGUUCCUGCUGCUGCCCCUGUCCCAGCCCUGGCCCUGGUCCUAGCUCCAGCCCUCCCGCAGGCCCCCCAGGCACUCCCUGGCCUAUUAAGUCCAUCACCACUUGCUUCCAGACAGCAUGUAGGUGGCAGUGAAAGAGGAGCUUGCCUUUGGAGGCCCUGGCUGUCCUCUACAAAUGACCCACCAACGGAGGUGAGGAAACUCAUAGACUCGGCUACUGGUGGGGCAACAGGUGCCAAAGUCACCAAGGCUAACUCCGAGUUCCAUCACCCUGUCAGGUUCUUCUGGCCUAAAUCCCACUCUUUUGACUACCUGUACAGUGAUGGGGAGAUUCUGCUGCAGAACUUCCCUGUCCAGGCCACCAUCAAUCUAUAUGAGGACUCAAACAGUGAAGAGGAGGAGGAAGAGGAGGAGGAGGAGGAGGAGGGGGAAAAGGACAAAGAAGAGGAGAAAAAAGAGAAGGCAGAUGAAAAGGGGCUCGAAGAGUGUGUGAGGGCACCACACAUAGCCACAGCUCAUCCUCCUUCCCCACUCUUGAUGUGCCCAAACUGAACCGGUCAGAGUCUGGUUGGGGUUUAGUAUGCUUGGCAAGCCUCUAGAGCAUCAGUUUGACAGGAAUCUCCGGAUAUAGCCCUCUGUAUUGAAAGUUGGGUUCUUGAGUCAACAGGUCACUCUGGCUAUAUUCAACUGGCCUAUGAACAUAGACCUCGGGCACCUCAUUGUGUUGCUGUUGUGUUGAGUGAGAAGGUCCAAGGAGCUCUAGGGGAAGACUUGCUUUCCGAAGUCCCCUGGAAGCAGAUCAAGACAAUGCAUGCCCAUGUGGAGAGGAACAGUUACUCUUUGUUGGUGGCGGGGGGAAUCUUUGACUCCCCAGCAUUCCAGCUGGCCACAGAGUCCUGUCUCCCCACAGAAAGCCUGACAUCUGGCUUCACUUCCAGGGAUACAACCAUCAGAUACAAGUAAAGUUGAGGCACCUCUCUGAUGGGCCUUGCAGGAAAGGAAAGGGGCAUCUAGAAAAUCAGCUUGCUUUGAGGGCCUCCCUCCAUUUUGCCUGCUAUCGAUUGGGGUCUGUGUGUUGGUAUGAAAUGAAUCAGGAGAAAAAUAAACUAGAUGAUGUGUGCUCUUUUCCUGGAA